CCCUCCGCCGCCAUGGUGCAGGCCUGGUACAUGGACGAUUCCGCCGAGGACCCCCGCCAGCCCCACCGCGCCGAGCCCGGCCGCCCGGUGGGCCUGGAGCAGCUGCGCCGGCUCGGGGUCCUAUACUGGAAGUUGGAUGCUGACCAAUACGAGAAUGAUCCAGAAUUAGAAAGGAUCCGGAAAGAGAGGAACUACUCCUGGAUGGACAUCAUCACCAUAUGCAAGGACAAACUGCCCAAUUACGAAGAGAAGAUUAAGAUGUUCUACGAGGAGCACUUGCACCUGGACGACGAGAUCCGCUACGUGUUGGACGGCAGUGGGUACUUCGACGUGAGGGAUGAGGACGACAGGUGGAUCCGGAUCGCCAUGGAGAAGGGAGACAUGAUCACCCUCCCUGCGGGGAUCUAUCACCGCUUCACGCUGGACGAGCAGAACUACGUGAAGGCCAUGCGGCUGUUUGUGGGGGAACCGGUGUGGACGGCGUACAACCGGCCAGCCGACCAGUUCGCUGCCCGGGGGCAGUACCUGGCGUUCCUGGCGCAGACAGCGUAGCGUGCCCCGCCCGCACCCUCGCCCUCUGCCCGUCUGAGUGGAGCAGUAGGCCUGCCCUGCUCCCGCUCUGACUGGUAGCCUGGAGGCCGGGCGAGCUUUCCUCCGGAAGGCCCUUCGAUCAGAGGACAUUUUUGUGAGAGCAGCCGUUGAGUCUGAUUUUUAUGUAGAAGCCACUGUGGGAAUGUGGAUGGUCACAUUCCUUUUCUCUUCUCCUGUGGCCCUGUGCCCACAGGCAUUCCACUCGAACCCGGGAGAGCUCCCGGGAGAGCUCCGUGUCCCCAGGUGCCACUGCCUCGCUGCCCCAGGGGACCUGAUUCUCAAGCUCCGUAGGCACUGCAGUUGGGGCCAUGCCUGCCUGUGAACCUGGAGGGGCUGGGGGUACAGCACCCCUCCCCCUCUCCUCUCCCAGACACUGGGGGCCAGGGAGCCUCACCCUAGGGGAACUCUGGGACAGUGGGGGCCAGGGAACCCUCACCCUAGGGGGACUCUGGGACAGUGGGGAGCGGGGAGCCUCACCCUAGGGGGACUCUCGGACAGUGGGGAGCGGGGAGCCUCACCCUAGGGGGACUCUCGGACAGUGGGGACCGGGGAGCCCUCACCCUAGGGGGACUCUGGGACAGUGGGGAGCGGGGAGCCUCACCCUAGGGGAACUCUGGGAC